GGAUCAGUUCAGAGGAGGGUUUAAGAAGCAGCUGCAGCAGCUGGUAAAAGAUAAAAUUGAGAAAAAGAGAUGGGAAAUCCAAAGCAAAAAUGGACAUCUGAAGAAGAAGAAGCACUUCGUGCCGGCGUCGCAAAGCACGGAGCUGGCAAAUGGAAGAAUAUUCAAAGAGACCCUGAAUUCAAUCACCUCCUUUACUCUCGCUCCAACAUCGAUCUUAAGGAUAAAUGGAGAAAUUUGAAUGUUAGUGCCAAUGGACAAGGACCAAGAGAUAAAUCUAGGACACAAAAAGUGAAGGCUGAUGCUCCUGCAGCUCCAUUGCUCAUCACACAGGCCCCUGUUUCCUCAACUCCAGUUCUACAAGAUGCAGCAGCAGACACCAUCAUGGAAGAUUCUUCAAAAUGCGCAUUAGACGGAAAAACUACUUCUAAGUACAAUCAAAUGAUAUAUGAUGCACUUUCAAGUCUAAAAGAGCCAAAUGGAUCAGACACAAGCACAAUUGUUAACUUCAUUGAGCAAAGGCAUGAGGUGCCCCAAAACUUCAGAAGGCUGCUGAGUUCUAGGCUGAGGAGGCUUGUUCAACAAGACAAACUUGAAAAGUUUGAGAAUUGCUACAGGAUUAAGAAAGAGGUGUUAGAAAGAACAAAGACAGCUACCCCAAAACAAAAACAUGUUGGGCCAAGACAGUUUCCAAGUAGUACCUAUCUUGGUGAUACUGUUGAAGAAGCAGCAAAGACUGCUGUCUAUAAGGUUGCAGAAGCUGACAAUAAAUCAUUUGUAGCAGCUGAAGCAGCUAAGGAAGAAGCGAGAGUUUCGAAGAUGGCUGAAGACCAAGAUAGUUUACUGCUGUUGGCGAAGGAUAUUUUUGACAGAUGCUCACAUGGCGAAAUUGUGCUAAUGGCAUAAAAUGGUCUUUCCCCUAUUUUGUAAAGUCGGAACCAGCUGUUCAGAACCUCUAUAAUAUGUUAUUCUAUCCGUAUCAAGCAAUUAGUGAUAUGUGGUUUGUUGUUAAUUUAAGUAUUAGUUAAGACCUUUGCACAGGUUCUCUCCUAUUAUGUAUUCAGCGUAGCAAAAAUUGGAGAGGGAUAGAGAGAUUAUUAUAAAGCUAGAGAUUUGAUGCUUGUAAAUCAUCCAGUUCUUUCUACCUGGCAAAAUGAUAAAGAGUACUCUGCUUUUACA